AUUUGAUGGACCUAAUAAUGGUCAUCAAAUACGUCGAUUCCAUUUUUUUAUGAUAGAUGUCCAUUUAACUCCUAUAUAUUAAUAUUUAAAAGUAACAAGAGGUUGGGAACAAGAUGGCGGCCGGACCUCUAUUGUCGCCACUUUCAACGUUGAGAUGGCGCCACAUGUAGCACCGUCGAUUAAACGUCAAAAGUGAAACAACUGAAACGCGAAACGUCAAAGUCGGAAAGAAAAAUCUUUUUUUCUCUUACCACAACAGAAACCAAAAUAAUAAAAUAAUAAUUAAAAUAUAAAAAUUUGUGUGUGAGUCUGUGAACGGACAACUCAAAUGGUGGUUUUCAAUUUUCAGCGGAAACCUCUAGCCAGAUGAUCAUGAGAUUACGAAAACCGAAAGCAGAGUAUGGCCCUGUUGAGCGAAUUCCAUAGCGGCAGCAAAAAAACGAAUGGACGAAUUCCUUUUUAUGCUGAUGCAGUCGGUGAAAUGUCGAGCGAAAGCGACGACGAAGGCAACCUGGACCUACAAGAAGAAAUUAAAAAUAUCGAAAACGUUAUCAGCAUUACCAGGGCCAAUGUGGACGCUCUCAUUGCCAAGUUUGCGGGGUUCCAGAACCCCCCGGCUAUGUACUUGAAAGAGUAUGACGAUUUAACUUCGAAAUUGCAUGAGCUCGAAGAGAACAAGAGGAAAUUGACUGAGCAAAUAAGUAAUAUUGGUGGGACCAAUGAAAAGGAUUCCUACAGCGGAAGUUCCAGUAGCCAAUCGCUCCUAAGUCAAAGUCAGAGCAAUCACAGCACCUUGGAAAGGGACAAACAUCAUGUCAGAAGUUCUCCCCAACAAACCAUACAUUUGCGACAGCAAACGCCAGUGGUCCACGCCACGCCAAGAUGUCUCAGAGCCUUUCUGCCCAACCAGCAAAUAACCAGCUGUCUAAUCAAGGAAGGCUUGACGCUACGCCGAGCCCUAGUCAAACCCAUGAAGCUCAGAAAUCUCAGUUGCGACAUGUGCGUCGCGUUUCUGGGCGACGAAUCAUCCAAAUAUAAAAUCAGUUGGAACGUUGACAUUAGUACUCUUAGUUGUGAUCUAGUUACUGUGAAAAUAAUAGACAAAUUUCCUAUUCCUACUAGCAUUUCGCAUAAUUUUGUUAGAAAGACCUUUUUUUCUAUUGUGUUUUGUGAGGUGUGCCGCAAACUUGUCUUUUCCGGUUUUCUUUGUAGGACUUGCGGGUAUAAAUUCCAUCAGAGAUGUGCUUCUGGGGUACCAUCACUUUGUCACCAGGCCAGAAUGACAGACGCCUAUUAUCGGUUUCUAUUAACGCAGCCUAUGGAUUCCAGCGCUGGAAUUUUACAAGUAGGUUCAGCCCAUAUGAUUACGAAACAACUAUUAGAACGCCAGCCUAACACUCUGGGACAUCAGGACCGGUCUAGUUCAGCUCCUAAUGUGUGUUUGAAUAGUGUUAAGGGAUUAGAAGGAGCAAAACCACUACCACUAGUGAUAAAGCCUGUUGGAGAAUAUGAUGCUCUUCACUGUAGAAGCACGCAAGCUUCACCUACAGGGUCACAUCAUCCCAAGAGACCUAGAGCGAGGUCGGCAGAUGAAAGUAAGCCACUGUUAGCACCACGCGAAAGCAUAGAAGACUGGGAAAUUCCUGCAGAUGAAAUCCUGGUGGGUGCCAGAGUGGGAUCCGGCUCAUUUGGUACCGUCUACAAAGCUCACUGGCACGGUCCUGUGGCGGUUAAAACGCUAAAUGUUAAAAUACCGACCGUAGCUCAAUUGCAGGCGUUCAAAAACGAAGUCGCAGUACUACGAAAAACCCGCCACGUCAACAUUUUACUGUUUAUGGGUUGUGUGAGCAAGCCCCAACUGGCCAUAGUAACUCAAUGGUGUGACGGAAGCAGUUUGUAUAAGCACUUACAUGUGGCUGAAUCUAAGUUUUAUCUGUUUACGCUCAUAGAGAUUCAGAGGCAAAUUGCACAAGGCAUGGAAUACUUGCACGCAAAAAAUAUAAUUCAUCGAGAUUUGAAAUCGAAUAAUAUUUUUUUGCAUGACGAUUUGACUGUUAAGAUUGGCGAUUUUGGUCUAGCAACGGCCAAAGCUCGUUGGUCAGGUUCGCAGCAAUCGCAACAACCCACAGGGUCGAUUUUGUGGAUGGCCCCUGAAGUUAUUAGAAUGCAAGAAGAGAACCCGUAUAGUUUUCAAAGUGAUGUUUACGCUUUUGGUAUUGUAAUGUUUGAAAUGCUCGCUAGUUCACUUCCUUAUUCCAAAAUUAAUAAUAAAGAUCAAAUUCUUUUUAUGGUGGGCCGAGGGUAUUUGAAACCAGAUUUAGCUUUGAUACGUCAAGACACUCCUAAAACUUUAAAACGAUUGCUAGAGCAGUGUAUUAAUUAUGAACGUGCGCAAAGACCUCUUUUCAGUCAGAUAUGUUCGUCUUUGGAAAACUUGCUACGCAAUCAGCCAAAAAUUAGCAGGUCCACUUCGGAACCCAAUAUGAACCGGACAACGCUUUCAGAAGAUUUCACUUAUAGCUGUCAGAGUCCUAAUACGCCAUCAACUUACAAUAGUAACUUUUUGUUUUACGGUGCUACCGGUAAUAUUUAAGUGUUGUUGGAAUAUUUCAGAUUGUAAUGUAAGCCUUGUUGUUAAGGCAAGUAAUUUAUUAAUUCUUAGGGAUACUACUUUAACGAUAUCAAUGAAAUGCCUUCUCUUUGGUGUUUUUUUCGAGUGUAUAUGUAAAAUCUUUUUAGGACUUUUAACUGGAUUUUUGGUUACACAGAUUUUAUUUACAUUUUCAAUUAUCUCCCAUGAUUUACACGUUCAUUAUUUUCUUCAAGAUGUCCCAUUCUCAGUUUUUCUAUUCUGUUAUGAUUGUUUAAUAUUAUUAUGCUCAAUCUGCUGGUUUUUCUUAAUUAAUAAAUUCUCCUAUACUAAAACUAAUACUAUACUUUCACAAUUAUCAUUUGAUUUUUUAUAUUCAAUAUUUUUCAAAGCUGUUCUGUAGCUUGAGCCUUAAACUUAAGAUACAAAAGUCCAGUGGUAUAUGUGAUUCUUAAUCCAAAUGAUUCCUGUGUAACUAAUCAGCCCAAUAGUAACACUCUAGGUUGUAACUUUGCUUCAACUGACAAUCGCGUUAUUUAUUUUGUACGAAAAUCAUUCAGCUUUGGCGUUAAAUAUGUAUAUAUCUCAGGGAUUUUCAGUUGUUAAAUAAUUCUUUAGAACACCAUCCUUUUACUGUUAGUAGUUCUAGGUGAGUACAAAAGUUAUGUUUUCUAAUAAUUCAAUUGAUUUAUGUUAAAGCACUGGUUAUCGAAGCUUUGUAUUGUUCGACUUUUAGCGAUUGAAAUUUGAUGUUUUAUCAAAGGUAGUAUUGCAAUUAUAAAUUAUUAUCUUCAAAAAAAUGAAUAAAUAAAUACUAUUUAAUAUAUUUUGCUAAAGGCUGCUUUGGUUUUAUUUAGUAUAUAGGAACAUUUACAUAGUAUAUAACAAGUUAAAAUUUUCAAAUAAAAUCAAACGCACACACACAUGCAUACCUACAUAAAAUUAAAAUUUAGGUUUUCUUUCCAUUUAUUUUAUGGAUCCUGUUUUUAGCAACGUUAUCGAAAAACAAUAGACCUGCUGCCCUUUCUACA